UGUUGUUGAUCAAACGCUUAAGCUAUAAUGUCUGGUCGUGGCAAAGGUGGCGGUAAGGUUAAGGGAAAGUCAAAGACCCGUUCAAACAGGGCUGGGCUUCAGUUUCCCGUAGGACGUAUUCAUCGUCUACUUCGCAAGGGCAAUUACGCCGAGCGCGUUGGUGCCGGUGCUCCGGUCUACCUCGCAGCCGUCAUGGAAUACCUAGCCGCUGAGGUUCUCGAGUUGGCGGGUAACGCCGCCCGAGACAACAAGAAGACCAGAAUCAUUCCUCGUCAUCUUCAGCUGGCCAUCCGUAAUGACGAGGAGCUCAACAAAUUACUCUCUGGAGUAACUAUUGCUCAGGGUGGAGUCCUGCCUAAUAUUCAAGCUGUGCUCCUUCCCAAGAAGACUGAGAAGAGCGCUUAAUUAUAUUUUCUCAAUCAGCAUUAUUUUCACAAUCGGCCCUUUUCAGGGCCA